AUGAAUACGAAACCCUCUGUCUGUCGGUUGUCAGAUUUCUUCGAAGCUUACAUGCCCAACGAAGGUCUCCAAUCCCUCGACUCCGUCAUUUCAGAAUUGGAGAAACAGAAGAUUCUUGCAACUCGCGCCCGGUCAGGGAAUCAGCGACCAUCGUCAUUGACAGGGUCUCCGGGCUAUACACACCUUCUCACUCCCUUCAAAGGCCUGUUCCGUGGUUUCACCAAGCCUCAUCGUCUCAUCAAGUCACUUCAACUAGUAGGAGACGCCGUUCGCAGAGCUUUGGCCAUAGUCAAAGGAACAGACGUGAGCACGUGCUCUAUUCGAGGAUCAGACGCAGGCGACGCGCCCUUCUUGGAUGCAUAUCUCACUGCCAACGCGCAUUUACCCCUCCGAUGUGCUGAUGUCGUUGUCCCAAUAAGGGCUAUUGGCGCUAAGGCUUGCGGCGACCAGAUGGAAUCUGAAAUUAUUGCCCUUCUUUCUCGCAUUAUGAAAGAAGACGCUCGCCGAAGAUUCAUAUAUGCUAUCACUAUUGAGAGAAAUCAAGUGUGGCUUUGGUAUCAUUCGCGGUCUCAGUGCGUUAUAGCAGAACCAUUUAGCCUGACUGAGCAUCCAGACCUGCUUAUCAAAGUGUUGACUUGCCUUCUCUCGGCGUCCAGCGAACGGCUCGGGUAUGAUCCCCUAGUCACUUUACUCCCAGAUUCUAGUUAUGUCUACGAAUUGCCACCGGACGGGAACCGGACGGAACCUCUAUUCUACCAGACGGUGGAACUCCUUUCGCAGUUGCCCGCCGCAGACGUCGGUGGUCGCAGCUCCCUGCAUAUGCCUGGAACGCCCGAACGAGUACUCAAAGACGUCACUUUGGACAACCACGUGCGAACGGAGGCUGACGCUCAACAGCAACUGUUCCGUGACAUUAUCGCAGUCUCAAGAGAUGAAGCCUGGCGCAGCCGUGAAAUCCUCAAAGACUUCCCAAAGCAUCACCUGGACUCCCUCGCGGAGGCCUUGCGGGACGACAACUACAAGAAAUUCUUUUCUUGUAUCAUCGCCAAAUGUAUUAGACCAUGCACCAUCUCGCCAUCACUACCUCAUUCCAAUUGCACACACAAGCCAAAGCGUCGGUGUUUUUUCGUCUACGAGCUGGUCUGCAAACCUCUGAGCGACAUUGCUACCCUCGGAGAGGCGGUGGAUCUUCUCAAGCAAAGUCUGACCGCCCUUCAAAUCAUGUUCUGCGCCGGUUGGGUCCACUGCGAUGUCAGUUCAGGGAAUAUACUUGGUUUUCGAACGGGACAGGAUGCCCGUUGGCAGGUCAAAUUGUCCGACCUGGAGUUCGCGAAAAGGUUCCCUCCAGAGGGUGACGGUGUCGUCGAGGAAUCAAGAAUGGGGACACCUCAGUUCAUGGCAUGGGAACUGCAAAGUUCCCGACACUUUCUCCCUCCUACCACGGAGAUUGGAAUGGCCCGUCGCACCGCCCAUCCCAAGAAGCCAGUAGUUCAUAACUAUCAGCAUGACUUGGAGCCUUUAUUUUGGAUACUUCUGUGGCUGUUGACCAUGCGAUCCAAGCUCAGCCCGUCGCGCGCUUUCGGAGAUCUUUUCUUUCAACAGACAGCUUCCCGCGUGCACAUCGCAGCUCGAGGAAGGCUCGUUUCAAGUGAAGAAGGGUUAGUCGACGAUCCUGACCUACCUCGUUCGCUUCCACCCCCUCUCCAUCGCGAAUCUCCCUUCGUCAUGGCGCUGGAUAUCCUCAGAAGCGACUUAUACGUAGAAUAUGUCACGCGAAACGGCACCGGCAGCCAGGAUGAUGUUGCCAGUUACUCGUGGAUCAUGAGCGAGGGCGUGUCCAACUUCUUCAGCGCUAUAGAGGACUCGCAAAGGGAAUGGAGUGAUAUUGAGCUGCUCGUUGAUUCAGAUACUCAACCUGCACAUAGAGACGAAGACGACCACUUACUCCCCGCCGUGCCUCCGUCCACAAAGCGGAAGCCUGUCGAAUCGGAAACUGGACAUGACCAACAGGGCCCCCGGAAGCGACUCCGGCUGGUUUCGACGAACACCCCACCGCUUCCACAGCGAUCUGGGCCAGUAACGAGGUCAAUGACGAGAAAUCAGGCCAACAUUCGCCCCAACACAAGAUCGGUCACUCGUCGCCUCCAGAAAUCGAAUGCGCAGAGCGGGCCAGCUAGUCCGACCCUGGCAAGAAAAACCCGUCGCUAG